UGGCCAUAGGCUCUGGCGGCUAGCGCAUCCCAGGGGGCGGUGGAGGAGAGGCGCAGACCGAGGAGUUCUGGCGCACAUCCAUGGAGCAGCGGGGACUGAGGGGCGCCAGGGGAGGCGGGCUUCCCCCACCCAAGGCUCCGGCCGCCAUGGAGUGAAAACGGGGCGGCAGGGGCCGGAUAGCCCGGGCCAAGACGAGGAGCCUGCCGAGGACUGAGCGGCUGCAGCGGCCCGUGAGCGGACUUUUCAAAGAUGGUUUGGUUGCCUUUGCGAGUUGGAGAUCUGAUGCCAUAAUGAGGACUCACACACGGGGGGCUCCCAGCGUGUUUUUCAUACAUCUGUGUUAUUUUGUGGCAGCCUACAUCACCGACGAGAACCCCGAAGUCAUGAUUCCCUUCAUCAAUGCCAACUAUGACAGCCACCCAAUGCUAUAUUUUUCCAAGGGGGAAGUGGAGGAGCUACAGCAGAGGGCAGCCAGUACCCAUCAGCACAUUGCCGCACGGUUGACUGAAGCAGUGCAGACCAUGCUGUCUAGUCCUCUGGAGUACCUCCCUCCUUGGGAUCCCAAGGAUUAUAGUGCAAGGUGGAAUGAAAUCUAUGGCAACAACCUGGGUGCCUUGGCAAUGUUCUGUGUGCUGUAUCCCGAGAACGUUGAAGCCCGAAAUAUGGCCAAGGACUACAUGGAGAGGAUGGCUGCUCAGCCUAGUUGGCUAGUGAAAGAUGCUCCCUGGGACGAGGUCCCCCUUGCUCACUCUCUGGUUGGUUUUGCCACUGCCUAUGACUUCCUCUUCAACUACCUGAGCAAGACACAACAGGAGAAGUUUCUUGAAGUGAUUGCCAAUGCCUCGGGAUAUAUGUAUGAAACAUCAUACCGCAGAGGAUGGGGGUUUCAGUACCUGCACAAUCACCAGCCUACCAAUUGUAUGGCCCUGUUAACAGGGAGCCUGGUUCUGAUGAAUCAAGGUUACCUUCAGGAAGCCUAUUUGUGGACCAAACAGGUUUUGGCCAUCAUGGAGAAGUCUAUGGUCUUACUCAGAGAAGUCACAGAUGGCUCCCUCUAUGAAGGAGUUGCCUAUGGCAGCUAUACCACCAGGUCCCUUUUUCAGUACAUGUUCCUGGUUCAGAGGCAUUUUGAUAUCAACCACUUCAGUCACCCUUGGCUUAAGCAACACUUUGCAUUCAUGUACAGAACAGUACUUCCAGGCUUUCAAAGAACAGUGGCAAUUGCAGACUCAAAUUACAACUGGUUUUACGGGCCAGAAAGUCAGUUGGUGUUUCUAGAUAAAUUUGUCAUGCGUAAUGGCAGUGGCAACUGGCUGGCAGAUCAGAUUCGACAAAACCGAGUGAUAGAAGGUCCAGGAACAGCAUCCAAAGGGCAGCGCUGGUGUACUUUGCACACUGAAUUUCUCUGGUAUGAAGCCAGCUUGGGCUCUGUACCUCCACCAGAUUAUGGAACCCCUACACUGCAUUAUUUUGAGGACUGGGGUGUUGUGACAUAUGGAAGUGCCCUUCCUGCAGAGAUCAAUAGGCCUUUCCUUUCCUUCAAGUCAGGAAAACUUGGAGGACGAGCAAUCUACGACAUCGUCCAUAGAAACAAGUACAAAGAGUGGAUCAAAGGAUGGAGAAAUUUUAAUGCUGGCCAUGAACAUCCUGACCAAAACUCAUUUACCUUUGCUCCCAAUGGCGUGCCUUUCAUCACGGAGGCUCUCUAUGGGCCGAAGUACACCUUCUUCAACAACGUGCUAAUGUUUUCCCCAGCUGUAUCAAAGAGCUGCUUCUCUCCCUGGGAGGGUCAGGUCACAGAAGACUGUUCAUCAAAGUGGUCCAAGUAUAAACAUGACUUGGCCGCCCACUGUCAGGGGAGAGUGGUUGCUGCUCUGGAGAAGGAGGGAGUGGUUUUUAUACGAGGGGAAGGAGUUGGGGCUUACAACCCUCAGCUAGGACUGAAGAAUUUCCAGAGAAACCUAAUUCUCUUGCACCCUCAGCUCCUUCUCCUUGUGGACCAAAUCCAUCUGGAAGAAGAUAGUCCUCUAGAGACAGCCGCAAGCUUUUUUCACAAUGUGGAUGUCCCUUUUGAGGAGACUGUGGUAGAUGGUGUUCACGGGGCUUCCAUUAAGCAACGAGAUGGUACAUAUAAAAUGUAUUGGAUGGAUGAUACUGGCUACAGUGAGAAAGCAACUAUUGCUUCAGUGACAUACCCACGGGGAUAUCCAUACAAUGGAACAAACUAUGUCAAUGUCACUACACACCUCCGGAGUCCUAUCACCAGGGUGGCCUACCUUUUCAUAGGACCUUCUGUAGAUGUUCAAAGCUUCAACAUCCAUGGGGAUGCUCAACAACUAGAUGUAUUUAUAGCCACUAGUGACCACGCUUAUGCCGUUUACCUUUGGACAGGUGAGGCCGCUGGACAAACGGCCUUGGUACAUGUCAUUGCAGAUCGCCAAAAGAUUCUGUUUGAUCAGUCGGCCAUCAUUAAGAGCUCCCCUGUGUCUGAGGUGAAGGACUAUGCCGGAAUUGUAGAACACAGUCUGCAACAUUUUAAGCCAGUUUUCCAGCAGCUGGAGAAGCAGAUCCUGUCCCGUGUGCGUAACACAGCUAGCUUCCGAAAGACUGCAGAGCGCCUGCUGAGAUUUUCAGAUAAGAGGCAGACGGAGGAAGCCAUUGACAGGAUAUUUGCAAUCUCUCAACAGCAGCAGCAGAGACAGCAGCAGUUACAAGGCAAGGCAAAGAAGAACCGAAGGACAGGCAGGCGCUACAAAUUCAUUGAUGCCGUCCCUGACAUUUUUGCACAGAUUGAAGUAAAUGAGAAAAAGAUCCGACAGAAAGCUCAGAUUUUGGCACAGAAAGAACUGCCUAUAGAUGAAGAUGAAGAAAUGAAAGACCUUUUAGAUUUUGCUGAUGUCUCCUACGUGAAACAUAAAAUCGGGGUACCAUUCAGAGGCCAGUAUGGGCAGUCCCAGAUGGUGACAACUGCCCGAAGUAGGGCCCCCUCAAUAUCUGCUUCCUAUACCAGGCUUUUCCUCAUCUUGAACAUUGCUAUUUUCUUUGUUAUGCUGGCAAUGCAACUGACUUACUUUCAGAGGGCCCAGAGCCUACAUGGUCAAAGAUGUGUCUAUGCAAUUCUUCUGGUUGAUAGUUGCAUCUUACUAUGGUUGUACUCAUCUUGUUCCCAGUCUCAGUGCUAGCCAUGCUUCUAUGAACUGCCCGGCCAUUCUAUGAUCCCUGGAAUAUAUUCAAAACUCAAAAACCCCUAAGAGGGUGCUAAUAUUUUUGGUGGGUUUAGUCUUCUCAGAUGCAUUCCAGGUGCAAAUCUGACAGGAGGAGAAAGAGAAGGCUCUUUUCAGGAGGAGAGAGAGAGAGAGAGAGAGAGAGAGAGAGAGAGAGAGAGAGAGAGAGAGAGAGAGAGAGAGGGAGAGGGAGAGGGAGGGAGGGAGGGAGCGCAAAGCUGAGGACAUGCAUAACUUUUUUCAGAAAAAGAAGAAUCACUUGAUGGUCCCUUAGCAUCUAUAAAAGUGUUUUGCUUUGCUAAUGACAAUAGUCAAAGCAUGAUUACUUUUAGCCAAAACAAAAAGUCCAGAAUGAAGCAAUUAUACUUUUCUUAACCAUGGCUUUAAAAAGAGGGAGGGGACUGAUUUUAGAAUUAGGUUUGUAUCAUGAACUUGAUGUUCAGCAUUGUUCCAUGAGGACCAGAGAGUUUUUAAAUCUUGAAACAAUUUCUGUUGCAGUGCAAAUUUUUUUCCCCUGGAGGUAGUCUCCAUAGUGCUUUAAUUCCAUCACUUUAUUGGAUCAUACCUUUAAAGCUAGAAGGGACCUUAGGGGCUAUCUGGUCCAACCCCCUUCCCUCUUUUUGUAGAUGAGGAAACUGAGGCCCAGAGGAAGAAAGUGACAUGUUCAAGGUCACAUAGGGAAUUAGAGGCAGAGCUGAGAUUCAAACUCAGGUUUUCUGAUUCUGAAUCCACCACUUUCCACCCCACCCAGUUCAACCAAUAUUAAUAAGUGCUUAUGAUCUGAAAGGUCUUGGGCUAUGUACUGGGGAAAGAAAAAGAAAAACAAAACAGUACCUGCUUUCAAUGAGGUCGUAUUGCACAGGGGAUACUAUACAUAAAAAUAUGUAUAUACACAUAAUACAUAUGUGUAUAUGCUAUAUAUGUAUAAGAAUACACACACAUAAAUACAAACAUUUGCAUCUUGGGUUAAUAUUCAGAUGUACAAAAGAGAAAGUAUCAAUGUAUCAUGAAAAACUUAAUUUUUCACCCUAGGGAGCUAAAAAAAAAUUCUUGGCAGUAUAGAUCUGCACAUUCAUAUAUACACAUUCACACACACACACACAUACACACACACAUAUCUGACAAACACUUCCUCAAAUUCCAAGUGUAGUUUGAAAUGAAUUCUUUUAUCUGAUUCACUGUCAGAAUAGGAGGUUUAAUUGUGAUCAAAAGUUAAAUUUUAUCCCACAAUCCUUUGUAUGGGGGGUGGGAUGGGGAAGGAAUUAUCAUCUAAAAGGAUAAACAAUUGGAACAGCCAUUUGUGUGACUUAGAGGUAGAUUUCCAUACCAAAGAUGAGAAGCAAAGCAUUAAAUGUGAUGGUUAUGUUUCUAAUAAGGGAAGAAAUGCUUUCCUUCAAGUUUAUUUUGCUAAAUAAACAGA